GAUCGACGCUCCGCUUUCAGUCUUUCCGAGUCUCGAUCGCGCGUGGGUCGCGCGCGCGUCGCUCAAUUUCCGCGCGUUACGCGUCCUCUAUCUCCGCACGCGUUUUCUUCGCGCGUUGUCCAUCCAGUAUCGGACGUUUAUAGUUUUUCAAAUUCCGCGAAAGUUUUACAUUAAUUUCAUUCCAAGUUUUUCAUAAGUUUACGAAGAGGAACGUCGAAAGAGUGCAGUUUUCUUUUUUUUUUCUCAAUUACGUGGUGCGCCAUGUGACUACGCGCAAAGUAUUACAUUUCCAUGGAAUAGAAAAAAGAGAAAAGAGAAGGAAAGAAGAGGUAGGAAAACUAAUCUUACUUCCCUUGGCAAAUCUUCAUUUUUAUCUAAUCCCUUUCCCCUAGCCCUUUCCUCUUCCUUUUAAAAGUUUAGCGUCGCUUCUUCGAACGAUCGCUUUGUGUUUAACGCGACGCGAGAGACCACGUGAUUUCGAACGUUCCUUCUAAUCUUUUCUUCUUCUCCUUCUUCUCCUUCUACUUCCUCCUUCUUCUCCUCCUUCUCCUUUUCUUCCUCCUCUUCCUUUCCUCCAUUAGAACGAUCUCAGCUCGAGGCGAUGCGCUUUGGAGCACGAGGUGGAUAGUACGAUACGGUGUGUCAGAUAAGCCCGAAGCGAGUUUUUUGACAGAAGAAACGGAGUAAGAAAGAGAUAGAUGGAUAGAUAGAGUGCCAAGUUUUAGACGAGUUUUCCUAAGAGUUUUUCAACGGUCGUGCUUCUUGGUGUCUCGCAGCUGGUGCGCGUGGAGCGUUGUUCCUUGUGAACAAGGAAGAAAGAAGAAAAGGGGAAGAGAGAGAGAGAAAGAGAGGGGGAGAGAGAAAACGAGAUAUAUAAAGAGAAAGAAAGAGAGAGAGAGAGAGAGAGGGGGGAAGAAAGAAAGAAAGAAAGAGAGAGAGAGAAGAAGAGGUCAAAGGAUACUAAUCUUUUCCUCCGGGAUUGCUUAUAUUCUUUCAAGGUACGAAUAAAAAUAUUCUGUAUCCCAUAUCGCGCCGGCACUAUUUCCCUCGUGCAAUCUCGUAUCGCAAGGAUGGGAGGAUGUAAGGGAAGGAAGGAUGGAUGGAUGGAUGGAUAGAUGGAUGGAUACAUACUUGCUCAGAUGGAUAGAUAUUUCAUGCCUUACGAAAGAAAAUCCUGUAACAACAUCUCAGCUUUUCAUAUGUAUCAACGUUAUAUACAACGCUGCACCCUUUAAAACCGUACGUUAUCGAUGUAACGUUUCGCUAUUAGUACAGGAGAGGAAAAAGUACUAUGAAAUAUUGACCUGCAGUUUCGGGAUGGAUAACAAGAGCUUCUAGCAGCCGCAGGACAGCCUCGGUAAACGUUGAUGGAUUUAAUCUCGACCACGAGCUAUUUCGAAACUAUGCCAGGAUAAAAAUUCAAGAAACUGAAAAUAAGUUAAUAGAUAUUUUUAAUAGUUCAUAAAAAUAAUUAAUCAUUUCUUACAAUGAAUACGAUAAUAAAAAUAUCAUCGCACUUCAUUAUAUUGUCGAUUAUAUUAUUUUAUUUAAUGUUCCUCAAAUUGUUUCCUUUGAAUAUAGAGAUCAAUAACGCAUACCAAAAUAUAUCUAUCUGUAUUACUGAAUACUGGUUGAACUAUCUCGGUUUGAUCUUAUUUAGAACAAAAGCAAACAAAAAAAAAAGAAAAAGGAACUUAUACUAUUAUCAUUGAAGAAAAUAAGAUUAUCUUCAUAACAUCGUCGAGUUUUGUAAUUUAGUCGGCUAUCGUACAAUCUCUCGAAAUAUAUCAAAUAUGUUAAAUGGGUACAGUCACCGCCCUCUAAGAAGUAUCCUCAUAUAAUUCUUUACAAACUUCGCCAUCCAUUUUCUACGUAUUUCCUUUUCGUUCGAUAAUAUCGUUCUAUUAAAAAAUUAGAAUGGGGGAAUCGAAACCAGUUUUCCUGCACGAGUGGUCCUGGAAUUUACGUCCACCGAGAUCGUAGACAAGUUUCGAGACAGAAAGAUAGAGAGAGAGAGAGAGAGAGAGAGAGAGAGAGAGAGAGAGAGAGAGAGAGAGAAAGAGAGCUCGAUAGUGUGCCAUGGAUAUUCCGGAAAUUCCUUUGACCCUCGAAUCUUGCCUUAUCUUCUAGAAUAUCUCAUUGGAGAAUUCGAACGUCGAAUACCUCGAACGAUCAUAGCCGACACGAUAAUUUUAAACAAUUAUAGCUCGUUGACUCGCAAAGUUUGUUGAGAGCCGAAACACAGCAGGUGAUUGUAUAUAUAUUUAUAUAUAUACGUGUGUGUGUGUACGUUUAUGUUUGUAGUGACUAGCGAGAGCGUUAUACAGUGAGUCAUAGUAUUAUCGACUCAUUUUAUCACGAGUCCCUCUCGCAGUUAAUACUUUCCCGUUGCUUUUAAAAUUCGCUCUGUCAUUUCGUUUUGAUUACAAACUUUUUAUCGAUCAAACUAGGAUCGAGAUAUCACUGUCGACAGUUUACAUCUACAUCGAGACGCGAUCGAGAUCGUUAGUACGAUUUAUCUUCGAUGAAAUUGAAAAUCUAAACUUUGUGCUUUAAGAAAUAAAGAAAAAAAAGAGAGCAAAAGAGAGAGAGAGAGAGAGAGAGAGAGAGAGAGAGAGAGAGAGAGAGAGAGAGAGAAAGGGAAUUCGAAGCUCGUUCUGGUCAAAAGAUUUUUCUCCGCCAUCGAAGAUGAACAAACGCGAAGGUAUUUUGAACGAAGAACAGGAAGGAAGGAAAGAAGAAAGGAAGGAAGGAAGGAAGGAAGGAAGGAAGAUGAUCGUGUUGUCUCAUGAAAGACUCUUCUAGAGAAAAUCUAUAAAAUAACACGCGGCCUGAAACUGAAAGCGUGACUUAUGAACGCCAACCGAGAUAAAGGAUCUUGAUACGAAUUCGUUGGAGCUUGACUUUUACGUACUCAUGUCAGAACUCAAAUUAUCUCGGAACAGAUGUUAAAGAGGAAAACCACGAGAACAGAAAGUAAUCUACCGUCGAUAUUUAUUCAAGUUACACACGCAUAAGCGUAGUCCCAACUUUCGGUCGUGGCAAGUCCGGAACUACAAGUGGAUAAUGAAAGUGUGCGUGCCCGUCGGAGUAUAUCAUUCUUAUCCCACGCAAAAGCUCUAAUGUGACGGUUCAACCCACCCACGUAAAGACAUCGACAACAUUUACGACGAAGGUUUGGAACCUUGGACGGCUGGUAUCAAGAGCGACACAUUGAUGCACCGACUAUCGAUUCGUGGCAGCACCAACGGUGAGGAGACAGCGACCCGCUGGCAAGGAAAUUUCGAUAGACAAUCCAUCUCGAAAGAAGUGAAACUAGCGUUCGGCUAGAAGGACGUUUCCAGAUUACUCAGAUCGAGUAAAUCCUCAGGAUGGAGCUGACAACGGCGAGGUUGUUACUCUACUUGAUGCUGACAAUGGUGGCCAUGUGCCGAGGACAAGAUGUCGCGCAAGACUGGAUGCAAUGCACUGCGUCGUCGUGUAAAUGCAAAUGGGUGUCCGGUAAGAAAACGGCUGAGUGCAUGAGGCAGAAUCUAACGCAAGUACCGCAAAACUUGUCGUCGGAGAUCCAGAGUCUAGAUCUCACUGGGAAUCGAAUACCCCACUUGAUCGAAGACAUCUUCAAACUGAACAAUCUCGUGAAUCUUCACAAAUUGGUACUACGCGAGUGUGGCAUCGAGACGGUGCAUCCAAAGUCGUUCAGAGCACUGAAGAUCAUAAUCGAGAUCGAUCUCUCAGCUAACAACAUUAGAACGCUCCAUCCAGGUACUUUUGUUGAGACCCUACGACUCAGAGUGCUGCUCUUGAAUCAGAACAAACUGAGGGCCCUGGAAGAUGGUUUGUUCUUCAACUUGACCUUCUUGCAAAAGGUUGAGGUAUCCGAUAAUAGAUUGGAAAGAAUCGAGGAAAAGACAUUUCGCAAUUUACCUGGUCUCCAGUCCCUCACUUUAGACGGCAAUAAUCUGAGCGUACUCAAGCUUCACAGUUUCGAGAAUCUACCGAAGUUGAACAGUCUCGAGCUUCAGAAUAAUCCUUGGAACUGUAACUGCCGACUCAAGAGAUUUCGCGAUUGGACGAUAGAGCGGAAAUUGUACACGAAGCCUAACACUUGCCAACAACCAGCCAAUCUUGCUGGGAAGAUGUGGGACGAGGUCAGCAGCGACGACUUUGCUUGUCGUCCGGAAAUCUUUGCGAUAGGACCAGUGGGAAAACUUGAGAUCGGCCAAGGAGAUGCGAAACUCUGGUGCAGAGCCACGGGCAUUCCUCGACCUCAGCUCGUCUGGGUGCAUCGGUCGAAAGUACUGAACAAUCAAAGCAGACGACAUAAUGGAGAACGCGGCUAUAUUAUCGAAUCUAGCAACGAUUGGUUGAAUUUAACUAUCCCUGAUGUUGGUCCAUCCGACAAAGGUGAUUAUGUUUGCCUUGCGAAGAAUCCAGGUGGUAGCGUAGAGAAGAACGUAACUCUGAGCAUCGUGGGCGACCCCAUCAGUGGCAGGGACAGUACGAUUAGCCUACCUUUGGCUAUAGGACUGGGUAUUGCUGCCCUUCUACUUCUCUUCGUCACGGUGACGCUCUGUGCUUGCUACUGUCGGCGUCGUCGAGAUCACCAUGACGAGAAAGGCUUGGAAGCAGUGUCUCUGGAACAUCAUGGUCUUGGAGAACAAGAGAAGUCUCUAAUCACGACCAUAAACACCAGCUCGGUUAAAACAGUCAGGCGAUACGAGGCACCCUCCGUGACGUCGCACGGCACCGAAAUGACGGAGCUGAAUCGAACCCUUCUCGACAACGACUCGGUCUUCGCUGACGGUGUGGUCGGUAGCGGCGUGAUCGGCAACGUGGUCGGCGGAGGAUUGGACGAGGAAAGAGAGGAGGGUCCGAGGACAACAGAAUUCGAUAACGGUGGUGCCGGUGGAACUUUGAGCCGUGUCGGAAGUGGUACUUAUCGACAGUAUCCACCAGACCUGUUGGCCUUCUCCGGUGGUCGUGGCGCCUCGCCGACCAGUCAGGCUUCUACAGCACCGGACAACACUCGUCUUCCUAGUCAGCAACAUCAGCAACAUCAGCCGCAGCAACAGCAACAACAACAGCAGCAUCAACAACGACAGCAUUCGACCUCGAGUCCGACGUCUUUGAGCUAUAACUCGCCACCCGGACAAUAUCCUGCGACUUUCAAGACUCUCCCUCAUAAUCGAAGCGUCACACCGUACGGUCUCGCGGGAUCCGCAGUAGCACCAGUGAUGCCUCGUCACGGAUACGUCACCAUUCCAAGGAGACCUCGAGCUCCCAGCUGGAGCAGUGGCCCACCGACUUCGCCCACGGAUGCAUUAGAACCCGUCUAUGAUAAUUUAGGCCUACGCACCACAGCAGACGGCAGCUCUGUGCUUUCCCUAAAUAAAAGUCCGGAAACCGGAUCUUCGGUCAGAGGAAGGCAGAUUCCUGGUACACCGACCUCCCACUAUGCGACCAUGCAACGAAGCACUCCCAACAUAUUAGCCGGUAGUUCGAACGCACUCGGUACCCUCGAUAGAUCGGCACCCGAGGGUGCUCCCGAGGCCAUCUCUGAUUGGUCCAUUAAAUUGGCCGAUGAUACUCUCGAUAUCAGCUCCAGAUCCCUCGGAUUGCAACAACAAGGUAACAACACGUUAGGUAGGAAGAUUCCACCUAGGCCACCUCCCAAACCCAAAAAGAAAUCGACCAACGGACCUCUCUACGAAGACGAGGAUGAGGACGGCACGGAAGUAUGAUCCUACGAAUAUAAUGGACGAUGAGGACGUCGGGUCUUCCUACUUCUUCGUUCCCGUCACUACUACGUCGAGCCAUACUACUCUAUUGAGUCGCCGGCGAACUCGGGAAAGAAACCAAUAGUGCCUUCAUUCGAAGAUUUCGAUGAUUCUUCUUCCGACGUGAACACAAGUCGACGCGGUUCUUCUUUCGAACAAAGAGACGAUGCCACGACAUGACGAUGACGAGAGGACGACGAUUCGUCGUUUUAUCAAACGUCGAGCUGAUGAGGGAUGAAGACAUACGGACUAUAAUUCGCAUAGGAUGCGAUUUAUCGCUCUUUCUCUCGAUACGCGUUUUCUUUUUCCCCCAUUUUCUCUCCUUCUUUCUUCUUUUUCUUUUUUUUUUCUUUCUUUCCCCAUUUAAAUCUUUUCGUUCCUUUCAUUUCCUCUUUCGCUUUUCAUCGGCUCGUCCGACAAGCAAGAUUAGAACGAUUUCACGAUUUAUGUCGCGAGAUAUUGCUUCGCGAAAAAUCUUAUGCGAUAUUAAAGAUUUCGUAGAAUGUUAUUAAUUGAGAGGCAAUGAGACAAGUAAGAAUUAUUAGAAAAACGUAACUUUCUUUCUAAGCUAACCUGAAUUAUUGUUAUUUAAUCCGAUAAAUCGAGCUUAUCCUCGGUUGGUUAAAGAUUAUAUCUAUUCGUUAAGAUAGAGGAGAACUUUUCCAAUAUCCACGACGAUCUUCUUCUAUCUACCGCGGUUUCUCAAUUUCCGAGGAAUCAAGCUGAGCAACGCGUCGUCGAUUUUCUCUGGUCGCUCCAAACGACUCAAGUCACACAUUCUUUAAUGUCGUUCAAUGUCCAUGUGAAACUCUGUUUCGUGAUCGACCAAGCAAGCAUUCGUGGUUUACGGUUGUCCGGCUAUAGAAGCUUUUUGCGUUGAUGAAAGGUGUUAAGCUUAUUUGACAAGAUUGAGUAAGCUACUUCGAAUGUCGUAUCCAUUGGGGCGCUUUAUAUAAUUAUUUCCAACAUUUUAUCGGUGUUUUAGAUUACGGAUGAAAAUAAAAUGAAGGAAGUAUAUCGUUUCGUGGAAAAAAACUUUGAACAUUUUUUAAUGCCACGGGCAAAGUCUCUAGGGGGAUAAGAUUGUAAAAAAAAAAAAAAAAAAAAAAAAACAGAAAAAAACAAAAAAAGGAAAAAGAA